UUCGUUGGGCAGAGGUAAAUAUCUACAAGAUUAAUAUACCACCGGACCGUCGCAAUUCUCGAAAACCAAUCUAAUCUAAUUCCACAUUGUGUUUGUCAAUGACUCUUCGACCACAGAUAACAAGCAUCCGGCGCCGCACACUGUCAAUCUGCAAAUCAUUAUCUAUUUAUAUAACCAUCGUUCCACCGUUGGUGCACUUCGCACACCUAAAUCCUACUUAAUUUUGCAUCAACUAUGAAUACGUCUAUGGCGAAAGAAGAAAAUCCGAGGAAGCCGUCAAUCUAUGUCUCGCUACGAUUUCCUUGCCUGAGACUGCGUUUAAAAAAAGGCAAAAAAUUUUUCCCUCAUGAUACAUGGCUCGAUGUUUUAAAAGCGUACAAUGUGCGCGAAAACCUCCGAGAUAAAGAGGUAUACUGCAUACAAAAAUUCAGGCUUAGUAAUGUCCCCGAAACGAAUGCGGCCCAUCUGACUGACAAAAUUGAAGGUUUGCGGGCUCUCUACAAGAAACAGCGCGAGUACCGGUUGUCCUGUUGUCUCAUAAAUAUUGUGGAGAAAACAGAGGUAAAGAAUCGAAGCCGUGGGCGCACCAGGUUGCCCAUAUUUCCUCAGGCCGAUACUCCCAACCUGAGUGGAGAACAAAAAUCGUUUUACGAUUCUCUAGGUAGCGCCGGUGGCAGUCGAAAGUUUAAUGAGGCCCUGAACCAGGACGACGAUGCCGUUAGUCAAUACGGUGAUGAAGAUGAAGACGCUGAGGCUGAAGAGUUUAAGAAGCGUGUUCUAGCUCGAGCAAGAAACAUAUCUCCGACAGACUACUGGCUGGGAGGAGGCGAGUGGAAUCGGGAGGACGAAGACUGGAAUGAUUGUAAGAGCGUGGUGAAGGACCAACUUUCUCCCCUGAACGUCAUCUUUGAUGAUAUUUUUAAAUAUUGAUUGUGCAAUUUGAUGAAUUCCUAACAUAAAUUUCUCCUUACCAUAUUUCUUUUAGCGAGGAAUCGAUAUAUAAUCGAGUCUCUAUAUGUACAUAGAAAAGAUAAACCCGAUUAGGGAAAUAAAUACAUGAACACAGGGGUUCAAUUGGUAGAUAAUCAAAUUUACAGGGCAGUGUGAAAAUUAUAUUUUCCCGAAAAUUAUCACAAGGUUUCUAAACUGUAGAUCUUUAUGUUCAAAAUUGAGUCAGUGCAAACAUCCCGAUGUUGAAGUGUCCAAACGCCCUGGAGGUAGUAUCUACACUUGUUUUCAUACUUCCAAAAAAUAAUGUCCAUUAUUUCCAAUCUGUUCUUCAGAAUAAAUAUUUUGAAUAUUA